AUGUCCGAAGAAGAACCGUUUGUGCUCACGAAGCCGUGUCGUGAGCAGAAGUUGGAACGUGUGGUGGUAUUUAAUGACAGGGCCGAGCUUAAACGUGUUCUACAGUGUGAUCUGAAGCCUGGACUAAACGAAGUGCACAUUGAGAAUGUCACAAAUCGAAUAGUACCUGACUCAGUUCGAGUCGAUGGACGUGGUGAUGGUAUCAUUCAUGACGUUCAACUUCGUGAUAAACCCACAAUUCAUGAAGAAACUGAUUCUCCCAUAGCCAUUGAGUUACGAGAGAGAAUUGAAGAGAAACUCAAGGAAGUUAAUUUAUUGAAGGAUCGAGAAACUGUGCUUAAGAGAAGGAUUGAAAUUUUAGAUAAAAUUGUUGGUGAGAUUGGCAGUAAUGUUGUUUCUCAUCCGGACAAAAAAGAGCCGUUCAUUGUGAGUCAAGAGACAUUAGAAAAUCUCACAAAAUUCUUCUCCUACUAUGAGGAGAGUUCUGUAAGAACUCGAACGGAACUUCAUAACGUAAUCAAACGGCUGGAGAAGGAGGAACGAGAACUCUCAGCGUUGCAUUCGACACUGGACAAAAACAAAUCCGAUCUCGACAAACAUCAUUCUAGCAAAUCGGUGAUAGUUUCUGUGCAAAGUAUUAAUGGUGGAGUUGUACAAUUGGAGGUCAGCUACCAGGUACAUGGUGCCCGAUGGACACCAUCCUAUGAUAUACGUGUGGAAACAGCUGGAAAACCAUCUAUGAAGAUUACAUACUUCGGAAACAUCUCGCAAUCCACGCUCGAAGAUUGGAUGAAUGCCUCUCUGGUUCUCUCCACUGCUCAACCUUGCUCAGGAGGACAACUGCCAGAACCAGAUGUAAUCGAUGCAAUUUUUUAUCGUAGUCCACCUCCUCGAGAGCAACCUGUGUUGUAUUGCAGUGCAUUUGGUUCCGCUCCACAGAGCCGUUCCUUUCCUCAAGCCGCAUCAACAAGCGUCGUUGAUUCGCCUCCUGUGACAUUUGGAGUGGCUACAGCCGCUCCCAUGAAACCUCACGCAUUAAGCACUGAGUUCACGAUUUCCAAGCCUGCUGCUAUUCCAUCUGAUGGAGCAGCGCAUAAGGUAACAGUCGGAAUUCUUGACGUCGAUCCGGUACUCCUUCGUCAAUGCGUCCCAUCGAAAAAUCUAAGCGCAUUUCUCACUGCUUUUGCAGUGAAUACUUCUCAACUUCCGCUUUUAUUGGGUGAUGCAGCUGUUUAUCUCAACAACAGUUUUGUCUCCAAGACAACAAUGAAAAAUGUCUCGCCUGGUGAGAGAUUCUCUUGCUCUCUUGGAAUUGACACCGCCUUGCAAAUUGAGUACAAACCUGUUAAAAAAUAUCAUGAGAAGGUUGGAAUAAUCGCAAAAAUCUCAUCCACCGUCCACGAUCAACUCAUUGUUGUUAAAAAUACACGCAAUGAAUCAUUACUACUCACCAUCAAAGAAUCCAUACCGCAAAGCACUGACGAACAAAUCAGGGUAAGACUUAUCUCUCCAGAGAUACCUUCUUCGGAUGUGGCCAAGGAAUCAGAUGAUCUCACAACUGUUGCUGAACUUCCGAAAGAAGGUCCAAAGAUGAACGAAAGCAACAUUCUGGAAUGGACAAUUACGAUACCGGCUGGAAAAUCCAACGAACUUCACGUGAAAUGGGCUGUCGAUCAUCCAGUCAAUGAAACUGUGGAUUUCGUCAAACGUCAUUAA